GCGGACACUAUCAACCUGGGGGCUGGCAGGUGUGGGGACAUCGCCGGAGGAUUGGUUGGGCGCUGCGGCGGAUUCCGACGCUCCACACUAUUGGCCCAAGAGUCAGAGACGUGAACAUUGAUUGGUCGAACGGCCGGAGCCAGACGGACGCUGAUUGGGCGCGUUCGGCCGUCCCCGGAGCGGCCGAGAAGGAAGCCCAGGGCCUUGCUGCCGCCAUGACUGAGGAGUCCGAGGAGACAGUCCUGUACAUCGAGCACCGCUAUGUCUGCUCCGAGUGCAACCAGCUGUAUGGGUCCCUGGAGGAGGUGCUCGUGCACCAGAACUCCCAUGUGCCCCAGCAGCACUUUGAGCUGGUGGGCGUGGCUGACCCCGGAGUCACAGUGGCAGCGGAGGCAGCUUCGGGCACGGGCCUGUACCAGACCCUGGUGCAAGAGAGCCAGUACCAGUGCUUGGAGUGUGGGCAGCUGCUGAUGUCCCCCAGCCAGCUCCUGGAGCACCAGGAGCUGCACCUGAAGAUGAUGGCUCCCCCAGAGGCAGUGCCGGUCGAGCCCCCGCCCAAGGCCCCCACGCUGAGCUCCAGUACCAUCCACUAUGAGUGUGUGGAUUGCAAGGCUCUUUUCGCCAGCCAGGAGCUCUGGCUGAACCACCGGCAGACGCACCUCCGGGGCACUCCCACCAAGCCUCCGGCCCCAGUGGUCCUGGGGUCCCCGGUGGUCCUGGGGCCCCCUGUGGGCCAGGCCCGUGUGGCUGUGGAGCACUCCUACCGCAAGGCAGAGGAGGGUGGGGAAGGGGCAGCUGUCCCUUCUGCUGCCGCUGCCACCACUGAGGUGGUCACUGAGGUGGAGCUCCUCCUCUACAAGUGCUCAGAGUGCUCCCAGCUCUUCCAGCUUCCAGCCGACUUCCUGGAGCACCAGGCCACCCACUUCCCUGCCCCAGUCCCCGAGUCAGAGGAGCCUGCUGUGCAUCCGGAGACCCUGACUCCGUCACCUGCAGAGGUGCCUGUGUCCCAGCCGGACACCCUGCCAUCCUCUGACCACAGUUACGAGUUGCGUAACGGUGAAGCCAUUGGGCGGGAUCGCCGGGGGCGCAAGGCCCGGAGGAACAACAGCGGAGAGCCAGGCGGGACAGCCACCCAGGAGCUCUUCUGCUCCGCGUGUGACCAGCUCUUUCUCUCUCCUCACCAGCUACAGCAGCAUCUGCGGAGUCACCGGGAGGGUGUCUUUAAAUGCCCUCUGUGCAGUCGUGUCUUCCCCAGCCCUUCCAGUCUAGACCAGCACCUUGGAGACCACAGCAGUGAGUCUCACUUCCUGUGUGUGGACUGUGGCCUGGCCUUUGGCACAGAGGCCCUGCUCCUGGCCCACCGGCGAGCCCAUACCCCGAAUCCUCUGCAUUCGUGUCCGUGUGGAAAGACCUUCGUCAACCUCACCAAGUUCCUGUAUCACCGGCGUACACAUGGGGCAGGGGGCGUCCCUUUGCCUACCACACCAGUCCCCCCGGAGGAGCCUGUCAUUGGGUUCCCCGAGCCAGCCGCGGCAGAGACUGGAGAGUCCGAGGCACCAGAGCCUCCCGCAACCGAAGAGAGCUCAGAAGGGCCAACUGCCCCAGGCACUUACCGCUGCCUCCUAUGCAGCCGGGAGUUCGGCAAGGCCUUGCAGCUGACCCGGCACCAACGUUUCGUGCAUCGGCUGGAGCGGCGCCACAAGUGUGGCAUCUGUGGCAAGAUGUUUAAGAAGAAGUCUCACGUGCGUAACCACCUGCGCACGCACACCGGCGAGCGGCCCUUCCCCUGUCCGGACUGCUCCAAGCCCUUCAACUCGCCUGCCAACCUGGCCCGCCACCGACUCACGCACACAGGGGAGCGGCCCUACCGGUGCGGGGACUGUGGCAAGGCCUUCACGCAGAGUUCCACACUGCGGCAGCAUCGCCUGGUGCACGCCCAGCACUUCCCCUACCGCUGCCAGGAGUGCGGGGUGCGCUUUCAUCGCCCCUACCGCCUGCUAAUGCACCGCUACCACCACACAGGCGAGUACCCCUACAAGUGUCGCGAGUGCCCCCGCUCCUUCCUGCUGCGCCGGCUGCUGGAGGUGCACCAGCUCGUGGCCCAUGCCGGGCGCCAGCCCCACCGCUGCCCAUCCUGUGGGGCCGCCUUCCCUUCCUCCCUGCGGCUCCGUGAGCAUCGCUGCGCCGCUGCUGCGGCCCAGGCUCCUCGGCGCUUCGAGUGCGGCACCUGUGGCAAGAAAGUGGGCUCGGCAGCCCGGUUGCAGGCGCAUGAGGCGGCCCAUGCAGCUGCUGGGCCGGGCGAGGUCCUGGCUAAGGAGCCCCCCGCCCCCCGGGUCCCCCGAGCCACUCGCACACCAGUCACCUCCCCGACCACCCUGGGGGGCGCGGCCCCCGCAGCUCCCACGGCCCCUGCCCGACGCCGAGGCCUGGAGUGCAGUGAGUGUAAGAAGCUGUUCAGCACAGAGACCUCGCUGCAGGUGCACCGGCGCAUCCACACAGGUGAGCGGCCAUACCCGUGUCCGGACUGCGGCAAGGCCUUCCGCCAGAGUACCCACCUGAAGGACCACCGGCGCCUGCACACAGGUGAGCGGCCCUUUGCCUGCGAAGUCUGCGGCAAGGCCUUCGCCAUCUCCAUGCGCUUGGCAGAACAUCGCCGCAUUCACACGGGGGAGCGGCCUUACUCCUGCCCUGACUGUGGCAAGAGCUACCGCUCCUUUUCCAACCUCUGGAAGCACCGUAAGACCCACCAGCAGCAGCAUCAGGCAGCCGUGCGGCAGCAGCUGGCUGAGGCCGAGGCCGCCGUUGGUCUGGCCGUCAUGGAGACUGCCGUGGAGGCACUGCCCCUGGUGGAGGCCAUUGAGAUCUACCCUCUGGCUGAGGCUGAGGGGGUCCAGAUCAGUGGCUGACCCUGCCCCCGCUUCCCUCUUUAGCAGCACCAGGCCCUGUUGCCGAAGAACUUCUCCAGCAUCCCUUUAAGUCUCUGUAGAUACUGUGCCCCUUCCACCUUUCCUAACCGCAGUGUAAGUUCUGUAACUGGAUUCUCUUUCCAAGGGGGUCGCUCUGGGGUCCUUGAUAUGCAUAAAAGGUGCCCCACCCCACCCCCACCUUCCACCUGUUAGUGCUGGUGGCCCCAAGGUGAAAAAUAAAGACUGAAUUGGACAUUUUA